ACAUGCAGAGGCUGACCACUCCCCCUUCAGAGCUCUGCUACUAAUGUGCUUCCUGAAAAUCAUGACAAAUCAACUCACAAGUCUCUGGACAAGGGAAGGAACUGCAGUGAUUUUAUAAAGAUGGCCGACUUGGACACCCAAUGGGAAGAAUACAAGAAAAAGUUUGGAAAAGUAUAUGACCAGGAGGAAGAUAAAGUCCGCAGAGGGCUUUGGGAGGAGGCACUGAAGGAGGUUGAAGCCCAUAACAAGGAGGCCGAUGCGGGAAAACACACCUGGUGGAAGGGCAUCAACCAGUUCUCUGACAAGAAACCAGAUGAAGUAUGCUGUGGGUGUCAAAGACGCAAGUGUCCUAGUGACAAGCAUUAAGGAACAGCUGCGAGAACCCGGCCAUAAAUGGACAGUUAAGCCUCACAAUCAUUCUGUCACUCCGAAUAUUCAACUAUUUUUAUCUUUUUCUUUGUUACAUGAGCUAUGGUAAUAAAUGUACAUUCCUGUAACGUUAGCCAAGCCCGCCCUCAAGUGGACAGAGAUGAUAAUACAAACAGGUUACAGUAGAAAUAAAUGUACUUUGAAUAAAUCACUUAUACUUGUUUUUCUUAAAUGUGUUUCCUAUGUACAUGUUUUAGUAGUCUUUUCUUGAGUGGGAUUUUUGGUUGGAGCAUUUGUUUAUCAUAUAUAUGGCCAGCAGAGGGCGCCAGAGAGAUGCUUUGUGCAGCAACUAUUUUUUGUCUUUAAUGUGCAAUCUGAGUUUAAAUGGAUUUGAUGAUUCUAGCAAAGAGCAGACAGUAUUUGAAAAUAAUACAUUGCCAAAGACAUGCCAAAAUGUAUAAAAAAAUGUUUUAGAAAAUAUAUUUUAUAUCAGAAAUUUAAUUACAUUUUACAGUUGUCACAUUUCCAGAAAGUAAAGUCAGAAAGAAACAGACAGACAGAACGACACAGGAAGUUCAGAAAAGGAAAUUCCUCUGUGAAAUAGAAGUAGGGCAGGUUUUUGUCUGCCAUGUUGUAAGAUUGUUUUUAUCCAAGUAGUCUUAUAUUAAAUGUAUAUGAUCUAGGGUUGUAGUCACAGAAACGGCUAAUGAACAACUUUAAACUUACAAACA